UAACUACAGAGGGCGCUCUUCUGAAUUUAUGUAAACACCGUCAGAAACAUGUUUCCGUCCGAAAACAUCGUUCCGUCAGAAACAUCGUGUCUAAUCUGCUUGUGAUCUGGCUUUAUCGGGACAAAGACGACUAAACAGGCAAAUAUGCCAGUGUAGCUAAAGCCCUUCAUAUCGUCGGUAAGCAGAACGCCCAGACGACUGUCAACUGCAUCAACUUCCGGGAGCUUGUUACUUGUUGUGUGACACUGUCUGAUUUAUCAUGGCGGCUACGCGACCAUUCGUGAGCGUGGCUGUUAUGUUGCAGUGUUUUGGCAAACACACUUCAGUUUCAGGCCAUGGAAGCUUCUCAAGAGGACUUGGUGUUCGACUGCAGAGAACAAGGAUUGGAACUAGAGCUCUCUUAUUAUCCCAGCACCAACGUCAUUAUGGCAAGAUUGGAAACUACAUCCAUGUAGAAAGAGACAGUGAAAAUAAGGAGUUUGCGUUGGUAGAGAUGAGACGACAACCAGUGAAUGGUAUGAACACAGAAUUCAUGGUAGAGCUGGAAGAGACUCUGAAGAUACUGCAGAAUGAUAACAGUUAAAGAGGCGUCAUUCUGUCAUCAGGAAAUCCAGAUGUUUUCAGCGCAGGUUUAGACAUUCCAAACCUCUACCAGAAAUCAUCCGACCACAUGAGCGAUCUCUGGAAGUCAGUUAUAGGCUUCUGGACAAGAUUCUAUGGCACCAGGAUGGUCACCAUCGCUGCUAUAAAUGUGAUAAAAGGGCCAUGCUCCUGCAGGAGGAUGUCUGAUUGCAUUGUCAUGCGACUACCGUAUCAUGGCACAGGGCAACUACAACAUUGGAUUCAGCGCUGUCAAACUUGGUAUGUAUGUGCCAUACUGGGUGCAUGAAUUGAUGAGUAGAAGUUGUGGACGAAGAACAACAGAAAAGAGUUUGCAGAUGGGUUUAUUAUAUAAGCCCGAUGAAGCUUUGAGAAUUGGCCUGAUUGAUGAAGUGGUUCACCCAUCUGAAUUACUCAAUGCUGCUCGGAAACAGAUGUCCAAUUGGCUCCAAGUUCCAGAUCAUGCCAGAAUGAUGACUAAGGAAAUGAUGAGGGCGCCUCUACUUGAGAGAAUUCACUCGGGACAGGACAGAGAAAUUGCAAGAAUGACAGAUUACCUGAGAUCAGACACUGUCCAAAGGUCUAUCGGAGCAUACAUUGAGAAGUUAAAAAACAAAAAAUUAGAUACUUGACCGGAAUGGAAAUUAUACAAACUAUUUUAUUUAACUCUUGAAAUGCUUUUUGGUUUGCGAUAAGACCAUUAUAAUAUGUCAGCACUGUAUACUCAGUACCAAAAUCAUUAUUCUUUAUCCCUGUUGCAAAUUUAAAACCUCUUAUAAGACCAUGAUUGUUACAUCGAUUGAUAUGAUGUAUAACUACAUUAUGUUCUUUUGAGAACUUGUUGCGCUGUUUAUUCUACUGCAGCGGAGUAGACUUUUCAGAAUUCAGGAGACUUCUCAGUUCUAAAAAGAGCUGUUCUGCUUGUACACUACUGCCUAGGCAGAAGGUAGAGAAUUAGCCGGGACUACUACUUUUGCUUAGUGGAUCGAGGGGCAGCUCGUUAUUAACUUCACUGCCGCAGUGUGAUCUUUAUUUGUCUCUCUUGUAAUGGUGAUUGUAAUGCCAGUUAGCCACUUGACACCAGCCAGCAAGAUUGGUUCUAGGGUAAUCCCAGGUCAAAAUUCCAGUUGAACCCAGUUAACUGGGGUCAACUGGUUCAACUGGAUAGUGACCAAACUCGU